AAUAUAAUAGGAUAAGAUCUAAAAAAAAACUGCAAAUUGAAUUUUCCCCCUUUUCUCUUCCACUCCUAAACCAAAACCACCAUAACCAUUCACUGUCAUCAAUAAAUAUUAAACUAAUAAACAAAAAACAAAUUAUUAUUUGCAUAAUAAUAGAGACAGUGACACAGAGAGAGAGUCAAAAGUAGAAGAAAGAAGAAGAAGAAGAAGAAGUUGAUUGAUUGAUUGAAUGGUAAAUGUAAAACUAGAUGGGUGGUGGAGGAACGAUCGCCGAUGGACUUCGUCGUUUGUUUCAACGACGAUCUACAACUACUACUAAACGCCGCAAUGAUGAUGAUGAUGCUGAUCAUGACAACCGCGUCUCCGUGAAAGAUUUACGCUCACAGUUGGCAACCAUUCCAACCACUAACGACGAUCGUCACCAUCACACUCCUCUUCCUCCAACUACUACUACUACUAAGUCGUCUCUCUUCAACAUCAAAGUUCCUGUUCAACCUCUUUUCCCUCCUUCUUCCAUGGAUCCAAACAAAAAGGGUGGGCCGGAGACAGAGUUUUUUACUGAGUAUGGUGAGGCAAGUCAAUACCAGGUCCAAGAAAUUAUUGGAAAAGGAAGUUAUGGUGUUGUCUGUUCUGCGAUUGACAUUCAUACUGGUGAAAAGGUUGCAAUCAAGAAAAUUCAUGAUGUUUUCGAGCAUGUAUCAGAUGCCACGCGGAUCCUUAGAGAGAUUAAGCUCUUGCGCUUGCUUAGACAUCCUGAUAUUGUAGAAAUUAGGCAUAUUAUGCUUCCUCCUUCCCGAAGGGAGUUCAAGGAUGUCUAUGUUGUGUUUGAGUUGAUGGAAUCGGAUCUACAUCAAGUGAUUAAGGCAAAUGAUGAUCUUACGCUUGAGCACCAUCAAUUUUUCUUGUACCAGCUUCUUCGCGGCCUCAAAUUUAUACAUACAGCAAAUGUGUUUCACCGUGAUUUGAAGCCAAAAAAUAUUCUUGCCAAUGCUGAUUGCAAACUGAAGAUAUGUGAUUUUGGACUUGCCCGAGUCUCAUUUAAUGAUGCCCCAUCUGCUAUUUUCUGGACUGACUAUGUUGCAACUAGGUGGUACCGUGCACCUGAACUAUGUGGUUCUUUUUUCUCAAAAUAUACCCCUGGAAUUGAUAUUUGGAGCAUUGGAUGCAUAUUUGCAGAAAUGCUUAUUGGGAGACCAUUGUUUCCUGGAAAAAAUGUGGUGCACCAGUUGGAUCUCAUGACUGAUUUGCUCGGUACUCCUCCUCCCGAGUCCAUUGCAAGAAUUCGAAAUGAGAAAGCUAGAAGGUAUCUUAGUAGUAUGCGAAAAAAGCAUCCUGUUCCACUCUCCCAGAAAUUUCCAAAUAUAGAUCCUUUGGCUCUUCGUAUACUGGAACGCUUACUUGCAUUUGAUCCUAAAAACCGUCCAUCAGCUGAAGAGGCUUUGUCUGAUCCUUAUUUCCAUGGCUUAUCAAACAUCGAUCGCGAACCAUCCACUCACCCCAUUUCAAAACUUGAGUUUGAAUUCGAGAGAAGGAAGUUGACUAAAGAUGAUGUCAGAGAGUUGAUUUAUCGAGAGAUUUUGGAGUAUCAUCCCCAGAUGCUUGAGGAAUAUCUUAGUGGUGGAGAUCAAACCAGCUUCAUGUAUCCAAGUGGGGUUGAUCGAUUCAAGCGACAGUUUGCACAUCUGGAGGAACAUUACGGCAAUGGGAAAGUAAAAGGCGAACGAAGCUCACCAUUGCAGAGACAGCAUGCCUCCUUACCUAGAGAGCGAGUUCAUACUUCCAAGAAUGAAAAUAAUGAAAACAACGAUGUGGAAAUGCCGACUCAGACUGGACCAAAUCUUCAGAGUCCACGUAGCUUGUUGAAGAGUGCCAGCAUUAGUGCUUCAAAGUGUAUAGAUGUGAAAAAAAGUAAAGAUCCAGAGCAGGAACCAAUUAUAGAGGUCAACGACGACGCAGCAGACGAAUUGACGGAUAACCUGGCUGCCCUGCAUGCUUAAUUCUAGUUUAAUUACAAUUUUGAAGCAUUGCAUAGAAAUUCUUCCAGUUAUUUGUGCUAGAAGCUAACAUGAGAACUCAUUGUCUUAAAAUGUCAUUUUGUGAUGUCAUUUUGUAAUGUCAUUUUUGUAAUGUCAUUUUUGUAAUGUCAUUUUGUAAUACCGCAGUAGGUUCUGUUAUUAGAGGAUGUAUUUGUGUGUACCAAAACUCAAUCUAUACUGCUGAUAUAUUUUGAAACAAGGACGGACAUCUCUGUCACAGCAUUUCCUUCUCAUUAUAAUUAAACAACAUUAUUAUUCA